GCCAUGGCAAGUUUAAGGGGCUGUGCCAUGAUUACGCAUGCUAGAUCUUUUAUGAAAGAAUGUAACACCCAUCACUCGAAUCUACCACAAGCUCUUCCACGAAUAUUGCAAUCACGAUUCAUGCCAAAUAUACGCUCAGGCCUAAGCUAAACGGACCGGCCUUAUUACCAUCAUGAUCCGGCUCAUUCAUUGCGGCGAAUGGAAGCUCCACGAGUUUGAUCCUGGCGAAGUACCCAAUUAUGCCAUCUUAUCGCAUAGGUGGUUUGCAGACGCAAGUGGGAAUCCAGAAGAAGUUACUUAUCAGGAUUUUCAGGCACGAUUGGAAGGGAAUCAAGAACGCCACGCACGUAGCUGGGCGAAGGUUGAGAAGGCUCGCGAUAUUGCCUGGGGCCUCAAUAUCCAAUGGAUAUGGAUUGACAGUUGCUGCAUCAAUAACAGGGAUAUACCGGAACUCUCGGAAGCAAUCAACUCUAUGUACCAAUGGUACGCACAGUCGCAAGUUUGCAUCGUGUAUCUGAGCGAUGUAGAUAGGACUGAACUUGGCCCUUCAUCGUGGUUUUUUAGAGGGUGGACGCUGCAAGAGCUAAUUGCCCCGUCCCGAGUUCUAUUCUAUAACAAGCUCUGGGAAUACUGUGGCAGCCGGAAUGGUUAUAGCAUCGACGAUGUAUACGAUAUGGAUACGGACCUUAGCAACAGAAUUGCCAUGAUCUCCAGGAUCGAUCCUCAACUUUUGAAACUUAACGACAGUAAUCGGAUCAAGCGGUACUUGUCUUCUGUUCCAGCUUGCCAGAAAAUGUCCUGGGCAGCGAAAAGGGAAACAACCAGAAAGGAGGAUAUGGCAUAUUGCUUAAUAGGCAUAUUUGGUAUCAGUCGUAUGCACUUGGGGUAUGGAGAAGGGGACAAAGCAUUCAUUCGACUUCAAGAAGAGAUCAUCAUGCAGACCAGUGAUCCAACCUUAUUCGCAUGGGUAGUAAAGGACAUCAAUGAGUGCAAUCCUGAUAACAUAUUGAAGACCCACGAUAUUGAGCAUAUCGACAGUCUCUUCAAAUUCAACCAGUCCCUCCACGGGGUGUUUGCGUGUCAUCCGCGCGAGUUCGACUCAGCCAACAAGGUCAAGCCUACGCAGCAUGCUAUGUAUAAUGAUGAAAUUACCAUUACUAGCAAAGGCGUCAAGUUCAUAGCUGCUCUAUGGGGUAAAGGUCUGGAUUCUCCAUUUACCAUGCCUCUUUAUUGCUACGAUGAGAAGCCCUCCUCGCCUUUGGGGAUCCAUAUGAGAUGGGUGGGGGGGAGUGUUUACGCUAGAACAAACAUAACAAGCGUAACAUACGUCUCGGACGAACCUGUUUCCAUUCCUAGCCAGGACGAUAUAUUUGUCACUCAUAAGAUAUACCACCUCCAAGAUUGCCUUAGUAACCUUCAUCAAAACUCUAUACGUCUUCCUAAGACCAUUUAUACACAUGGUCUACCGAAUUUCGGGCUAUUGGAAAGGAUCAAAGUUUCUCCAGGCUUUCUGUGGUGUGAAGAACACAAUCUACUGAUGACAUACGGAACAAAAUUUCCGUUGGCUUUCGCGACCUACCAAAUGACUCAGCCCUACAACGGAAAGGUUAUUCUAAUUUUUGGCCUUGAUCACGCGAAGAAGCUUUGGUUCUCUCUAGUUGAGCCAGGCUCACAGCUGGCACCAUUGCGCUUAGAAACAAGACGAACAUAUCUCGACAGAAUAUGGCGAUCUGCAAGCCAAAAACGACACGAAAGCAUUCGCUUUACUGUCGGUCCUUGGGAACAUGAGAUAACUGGCGCACACACAUGUGACGUGCUUAAUGGUCAGCCCAUUUUCCAUAUCAACUUACAUGGGUCAAAUUCUAUAGAUCUUCUGGCCGGAGACCCCAUUCCUCUUCCAACCACUAAUACUUUGAUGAGGCCCCAAAAAUGGAGACAACACGACCAAGUCUUCCUAGUUGAGACUAAUAGGUUCCUACAAUCUGGGCAAGACUCAGACAUGGUUGAUCAAACUGAGCUAUACGGUCAGACUACAAUAGAUAAUGUCAGUAGAAGGCGCCCAGAUAGCCCAGAUAAUAGCCCAGAUAACAGCCCAUAUAGGAGCGCAAUUGCAGAGGCGCUGUUAGGAUUAAUAGAACUUUAAAUAAGACAUUGAGAACAAAAGACAUGGUUAACGCUUUAAAUUUACGGAGGGUUAUCGUGUUGAACUUUUUUUAUAAACGUUUUAUUUAAAAUGAAUUUUAAAGUUAUCUUUAUUUUUAUUUUAAAAGAAAAACUUUAAGUAUAUUAAUAUAUUUACAUGUAUGGAC